AUGGCGGGCGGGGUCCCCCGCGGCCGCGCUCACUUCCGGCAGGCGCGCAGGGAGUGCGUCACCGCGCUCGGCGCCCUGUGCGGAAGUCGGCGAGGAGAGCGGCGGGAGGGCCUGCAGCUCGUCAUGCAGCAGCUGGCGGUGGAAGGCGGCGAGGAGGAGGAGGAGGAGGAGGGCGCCUCGCCCAGCGGGGCCCGCGGGUGCCGCUCCAGCCGCUGGGCAGAUGCUCGCGGGCUGCGAGCCCCACCCCAGUCUCUGUGCCUCUUGUGCGGCCGCUUCUCCGUGGUGGGGGGAGUGGGCUGCUUGUACUGCGAAGGCGAUGCAGACGACAGCUUCAGCUACGAGGACUGGGAGGCCUGCAGCGAGCCCGAGGAGGAGGAGGAGGAGGAGAGAGCCUCGAGGGCCAGUCCAGCGACCUUCUGCGGCUUCAAGAAGUCCUUCCUCUGCAACUCGUCUGUGCCUACCCGGCCGGCCGGCCAUAGUCAGGACCGCUCACCGCUGAGCUUUGCUCUGCCCCGAAAGCAGCAGCUGACGGCUGAGGAAGCAGAAAGGAAUGCAGAAGAGCUUGUGGCAGAGGAGGAGCGGGUCAAGAAGAAGGCCGAAAAGAAGAGGCUGAAGAAGAAGCGGCAAAAGGACAGGAAGAGGCAGGAGAAACACAACCAGGAGUUAGAGGCAAGGAGCCAAGCUCAGCCAGCUGCAUCCUCAGACAGAAAGGAGGGGGGGCCCUCAGCCGAUGUUCCAAGUGUGCGGAGGCCUGGACCUUCUGAAUCAGAAGGUGGUUCCUCCCAGGGCCCCAGUGAGAACCCGACCUCCCCAGGCUAUAGUAUGGAGGAGGAGCUGGAGGAGGAGCUGGAUCUGACCAGCACUUUCGUCUCGAAAGCUCGGCUCAAAGUGAGCACCAAGCCCCCCUUGCGCAGAGAGAAAGCAGAGAAAGAGAAGGCAGCCCGGCUGGAGAGGACAGAGCAGCAGGAGAUCCCAAGGUCUGGGCCCCAGAAGACUCCUGAAGAGCAAAGCAUGGUCCUGGCAGACUGUGGAAACGAGACCGCCAAGCGUGGCUACUACUGGGAGGCCGUGCUUCUCUUCACGGAGGCUGUCAAGCUGAACCCCCGGGAAUACAGGCUCUUUGGCAAUCGCUCCUUCUGCUACGAGAAGCUGCAGUGUUACUCAGAGGCCUUGCGUGAUGCUCAACUGGCCCUCCGUCUGCAGCCAGGCUGGCCCAAGGGCCUCUUCCGCCAGGGCAAGGCUCUCAUGGGUCUCAAGCAAUAUGCAGAUGCUGCCAGGACCUUUGAGGAGCUGCUGCGGACGGACGGUUUCCGGGACGAUGCCGCCACUCAGCUGCGCCGGUGCCACGUCCAGCUUCUGCUGCAGAACAGCUUCACUCCAUGCGCCGCUCGCCCUGGGUUGAGUGGCCUGGCCCAGGGCACCCAGCUGCCUUUACCUGGUAAGCGCCAGCGUGCCCCGUAUGGGGUGGCGGGGCCCAGGCUCAGGGCAGCCUGGCAGAACCUUGCGGAAUGGUUUCCAGUCUGGGUGGGGAACCUCACGCCCAAGGUCACCCAAGACGUCCUGCUGCACCACUUCGAGCCGUUUGGACCCAUUGAUUCUGUCCGCUGCCUCCCGCAGAAGUUCUGCGCCUUCAUCAACUUCACGCGCCGGGAAGCGGCAGAGGCGGCUUAUGCGGCCUUGCAGGGUGUAGACGUGGAAGGCAGGAAGCUGCAGCUGCAGCUGAAGCACCCAGUGCAUGCCACCCCACCUGCCACCAAGACCCACAGCAGCAGCCAGCAGCCUUUGAAGAGGGAGCCAGCUCCCCCUCUCACAGCCUGGGGCUACCCCUGGCAGAAUGCCGGUCGUGCCAAAGGGGAGGGCUGCUCUUUUGGACGCCUCUCUCAGAAAGGAGCUCCGGCAACAAAGCUGCAGCAGCUGUGA